AUGAUGCACUGCACGGAUGAAGGGUACAAUGUGGGUCAUAUAUCUUUUGAAACCGAAGGCGACUUUGAGGAAUGGAUGAAGUCAGCGCAAGAGGCAGCAGUGACAUCAUUUGUCACUCGCAGCAGGAAAGUUGAUGGGGACGUAACACGUAUUUACUAUAGAUGCCAUAGGUCAGGACCGUCGGUGCUUUCAGCUUCAUCAACAAACACUUGCAAGCGUGUGGUCAGCCGCUGUACCGCUUUUGUGCAUGACAAGUUCAUGUAG